CCUAAAGCACCACAGGCAGGGUGUGAAGAGGGGCUGGAACAGCACCAGCCAGGGAGAGGAAUUUCCAUUCCCCAGUUGCCCUUUAGUAACAGCAACGACCGGUUCUUCCCCUGGGGAGAGUCCAGAGCUGUCAUGGAAAUCCUGGUCAGGGGCUAUAUAAUGCUGAGGUACAAGCAGGUAGCACUCAGAAGCACCAAACCAGCAAGAGCUACUGGAUCCUGGAGCUGACAGACAUCCAGAUUGGACAUGAAGGUCUUCUCCUUGGCCAUGGUCACUCUGCUGCUCGCUGCUGUCUGGACUGAAAGCUGGGGCAAAUCCUUCCGCAGCUCCUACAGCUCCUGCUGCUACAAGAACAUGUUCAUCCAGAGGGAAAUCAACACCUCGCUCAUCCGCAGCUAUCGGGAAACACCUCCAAACUGCUCCCGCAGAGCCGUUAUCGUGGAGCUAAAGAAGGGGAAGAAGUUCUGCGUGGACCCUGCAGAGGGCUGGUUCCAGCAGUACCUGCAGGGAAAGAAGCUGAGCAACGCCUCAACGUGAGCCGCCACCAACACCAGCUCUAUUUCUGUGUACCCUGCCAUGGCCUGUCAGUGCCUGUAAUGACUCGUUAACUCAUGAAGCCAGGUCUGCUUUGUUCCCAUCUGUCCCACUUCACACUACUGUACAGUUCUACUGAGAUUUAAUAAAGCUACUUGCUCUGACCUGCA